UGUUGUGGUCAGUGGAACACAGUCGGUUCAAAUCAUGACUCUGACAUUGUAUCAGACUCCUUUAAGUCCACCGGCAAGGGCUGUUUUAAUGACAGCUGAAGCCCUUGGUUUAAAACUAGAAUUAGUGAACGUAGACCUUGCUAAUGGGGAACAUCUCACUGAAAAAUACAGGAAGUUAAACCCUCAACAUACAAUACCCAUGUUAACUGAUGGUGACACCAUUAUUUGGGACAGUCACGCUAUUAUCGCUUAUCUAGUUAGAAAAUAUGGUAAAGAUGACUCUCUAUAUCCAAAGGACUUCGCCAAAAGGGCCUUGGUUGACCAGAGGUUGCAUUUUGAAGGCUCCGUCGUAUUUGUUACAAUCAGACAAAUUGUGAGACCAAUGAUUUAUGACAAAUCAAAGUCGGUGUCCCAGGAGAGCCGUUUGAACGUGUACGAAGCCUACGAUUUCUUAAACAAAUUUUUGGAAGGCAAGAACUGGACAGCUGGAGAUUCCGUUACAAUUGCUGACUUGAGUUUGGUGUCUUCAAUUUCGUCCUUGAACACGUUUAUCCCAAUCGAUGCUCAGAAAUAUCCCAACGUUAUACGUUGGUUGAAUAACGUCUACCAAUUGCCUUAUUAUAAGGUUAACAUCCCCGGGUUGGAAGACUUUAAGAAGUUUAUACACGGUCUGAUGGCUUAAAAUGUAUUUUUGUAAACAUGAAUAAAUAUAAUAUACUUUUUCUUAUUA